CCCGAUGUAGAUUCAGCCCUUUUUCUUUCUUGCUCGUGAUAAUCUGCUACCAGCAUCUGGGUGGAAUUGUAUGCAAUUCCAGCAAGCUGCUCGAUUUGGCGUUGCCAAACAGAACAACGACACCACCUACUUAUAUUCCGACUCAGCUAGACUGAGCGUGAAGAUAUCUCUGGUCUGCCCUGAGCAACUUUGUCUCUAGACUGUAGGAACUUGGUAGUCAAGCAAAAUGCCUUCACCACUUACGGUGCGGAACCUGACUCCGACCGCUAUCUCUUUGCUGCGUGUUGAGCGGUUUGAAGAUCCAAACACGCUACAAUCAAAACCCCAUGGAUACUUUUUGAGUUCCAAAAGUACCACGCCUGCAACACCUACAUCGCCAGAGCUCAGUGGACAUGCCCAGAGCUUCAAUCAUCAAGACCUGAAAGUCACGUUACAGCCUUUUGAAUCCUAUACGCUCAAGUUCCCCAAUCCAACUCAGCCUAGCAAUGCAGCUACACUGUCGAGCCCAGUGCUCCGUAUUACAAUCCAAACAGCCAAAGCUGAACGCUAUCGCAUCGACUCGAAUCCCUCAUACACGCAAAAGUCGACACAAGCCUUGAUUGCACUGUCCGCCAAUCCUUCCGCAAGCUACAAUGCCAUCUUUCACCCUUCUAAGCCAAUCCCUCACCUGGCAAUUCAAAGCAACCACAUUCCCAGCUAUGCCUCAUGGAUGUCCACACUCCCCAACAGCCUCCCUCUCUCAGCAAUUAGCAUACCAGGAACACAUAACUCACACACGCACUACCGCGCCCUACCGUCUGUCAGAUGUCAAGUCCACGACAUAAAAACCCAACUGGAAAACGGAAUCCGCUUCCUCGACAUACGCGUGCAGCCCAUCCACGCAACCGAUAGCUCCAAAAAAGACCUCUACCUCGUCCACGGCGCCUUCCCCAUCAGCCUAACUGGCCCCAAGUACCUCGCCCCUAUCCUCCAAACAUGCUAUGACUUCCUCGCCGCCCACCCCAGCGAAACCCUCCUUGUUAGCCUAAAAAGAGAAGGCGUAGGCAGCGCAACAGACGAACAUCUCGCUGCCGUAUUGGAAAAACACUACAUAACCCCCAACUCGGCUCGCUGGUACACCGCAAACAAAACCCCCUACCUUGGUUCCGUGCGUGGAAAACUCAUCCUACUCCGCCGCUACACCAUCUCCUCACCCACUCCUAAUACCAACGACGCCGCCGCUGCUGCUGCUGCUGCUGCUGCUGAAAAAGCCGGACUCGACGCAACAGCCUGGCCCCACAACUCAACGCACGCCGUCUUCCCCUCCCCCUCGCCAACAACAACCUCAUUCUGCCUCCAAGACUACUGCGAAGUCCUCGUCCCCUCUUUGAUCCCUGCAAAACUUCAACACUGCACCGAGCACCUCGCCCGCGCAGCCGCAGUCACGCACCCGAUACCGGGGCUGACGACGGACCCAAAGCAUCCUGUUCCGCCCGCCCCGUUGCAUCUGAAUUUUCUCAGCGCCAGCAAUUUCUGGAAGCGGGCCUGUUGGCCGAGUGCCAUUGCCAAGGUGGUGAAUGAGGGCGUGGUGGCGGGAGUGGUUAGAAGGAAGGCGGAAAGUGGGGACGGAAGUACAGGAGUAGUCAUUAUGGAUUGUGUGGGUGAAAAUGGGGAUUGGGAUUUGGUUCGGUUGGUGAUUGGGAUGAAUAUGGGUGUUUUACUUCGGUAUUCUUCUGUAGUUUGA